AUGCCUUCUCUUUCUUCGUAUAUUCUUGCUUCGGCCGGGGCCUCUCUAGUGAACGCACAGUUUGGUAACUUCGGUUCGCCAUUUCCCAACACAACAUAUCCUGGAUUCGAGUCGGAGAACCCUUACACCGUCGAGGGCUCCAGCAGUUUCCAAUGGAGCCCUCCCAAGUACCCUAGUCCUUGGGGCGAGGGCUCUGGUGACUGGAAGGAGCCCUACGCAAAGGCUCGCGCCCUUGUUUCUCAAUUGACCCUCGAGGAGAAGGUCAAUCUUACUAGCGGCGUUGGAACUAACCAGGGCAACUGCGUUGGUCAGACCGGGUCCGUUCCUCGCAUGGGAAUCAAUGGCCUCUGUCUCCAGGACUCUCCGGUUGGCGUUCGUCUCACCGAUGGCAACUCCGUUUUCCCUGCUGGAGUCAAUGUUGCAGCGACUUGGGAUCGCGGACUUGCCUACGCUCGUGGACGUGCUAUGGGUCAGGAGCAUCACGGCAAAGGUGUCGAUAUGCAAUUGGGCCCGGUAGCUGGUCCUCUUGGUCGUGCCCCAGCCGGUGGAAGAAACUGGGAGGGUUUCUCGCCUGACCCUUACCUUACCGGACUUAUGUUCGCUGAGUCGAUCAAGGGCAUCCAGAGCGCUGGCGUCAUGACCAGUGCCAAGCAUUUUAUCGCUUACGAGCAAGAACACUUCCGCCAGUCGCAGGAGGCCAAAAAUUGGGGCUUCAAUGUCACUGAGAGUGUCAGUGCUAACUUGGACGAUGUUACUCUGCAUGAAUUGUACCUCUGGCCUUUCGCCGACGGCAUCAGAGCAGGCGCCACCUCGAUCAUGUGCUCUUACAACCAGGUCAAUGGAUCCCAGGCUUGCCAAAACAGCUACAUCCUCAACCACAUCCUGAAGAACGAACUAGGUUUCGCUGGUUUUGUGGUCAGUGAUUGGUAUGGGACCCACUCUGGCGUGUCCAGUAUCCUUGCUGGACUCGAUAUGAGUAUGCCUGGUGAUCCGGUACAGGAAUUCGGCAACCAUGGAGGUGCCAUGUUUGGCUCCAACUUGACAAUUGCUGUUCUCAACGGAACUGUUCCCCAAUGGAGACUGGAUGAUGCUGCCGUUCGUAUCCUUGCUUCAUGGUACUUCGUUGGCCGUGACAAGAACCAGGUUCCUGUUUCAUUCAACUCUUACUCCCUUGACACCUACGGUUACUCGCACAACGCCGUCGGUCAGGGCUACGGUUUGAUCAACGAGCACGUCGAUGUGCGUGCAGACCACAGCAAGCUCAUUCGUGAGAUCGGCUCUGCCUCUACCGUCCUUCUCAAGAACGUCAACAACGCUCUUCCCCUCACAGGCCAGGAAAAGUUCACCGCUGUCCUUGGCGAGGAUGCUUUCGAGGACAUCAACGGUCCUAACGGAUUCACAGACAGAGCAGGAGAUGAGGGUACUCUCGGUAUGGCCUGGGGAUCUGGCUCUGCCAACUUCCCCUACUUGAUCAGCCCCAACACCGCCAUUCAGAAUGAAGUUGUUGGAAAGAAUGGUGGCCUUUACCAGUCUCUCAGAAACAACUCCAACCUUGAUCAGGCCUUCUCCCUGGCCAAGCAAGCUGAAGUGGCCAUUGUUUUCGCAAACAGCGACUCGGGCGAGGGUUAUCUCCAGGUUGAUAACAACUUCGGUGACCGCAACAAUCUCACUUUCUGGCAAGGAGCUGACGAGCUUGUCGCCAAUGUCUCGGCUACUUGCAACAACACUAUCCUCGUUAUCCACUCUGUCGGCCCUGUAUUGAUCGAGGAAUACGCCAGCAACCCCAACAUCACCGCCAUCUUGUGGGCUGGUGUUCCUGGAGAGCAGUCCGGCAACUCGAUCGCUGACAUCCUCUACGGCCGUGUCAACCCUGGUGCUAAGCUUCCCUUCACCAUGGCUGCCAAGCGUUCUGACUACGGCACUGAUGUCCUUUACACUCCUAACGACCAGAUUCCCCAGACCAACUUCAAAGAGGGUAUCUUCAUCGACUACAGAGCUUUCGACAAGCAGGAAAUUGAGCCUGUUUACGAGUUCGGAUUCGGUCUCUCGUACACCAACUUCACCUACAGCGACAUCAAGAUCACCAAGCUGAACACCAGCGCUUAUGUUCCUACCACUGGCAUGACCCCUGCUGCUCAGACCUACGGCAACGUCAGCAUGAACCCUGCUGACGCCGUCUUCCCUGGCAACUUCUCCCGCGUUCCUCUUUACCUCUACCCCUGGAUCAAUUCGACCAAUCUCUCUUCUGCUGCUGGCGAGUCGCAGUACGCUCCCUACGGUGAUAACAGCUUCCUCCCUGAGGGUGCCGUUGAUUCUUCUCCUCAGCCCCGCCUUCCUGCCUCUGGUCCUUCCGGUGGUAACCCAAUGCUGUGGGACGUCAUCUACCGCGUCACUGCCCAGAUCAAAAACGUCGGAAAGCUUGCCGGUGACGAGGUUCCUCAGCUCUACGUUUCCCUCGGUGGCCCCUACGAUGCUCCCAAGAUCCUCAGAGGUUUCGAGAGAUUGAGCAUCCAGCCCAACCAGACUGUCACUUUCUCCGCUGACAUCAUGAGAAGAGACAUCAUGAACUGGAACCCUGAGGCUCAGGACUGGUUCGUCAGCAACUACACCAAGAACGUGUAUGUUGGCAGCAGUUCGAGAAACCUUCCUCUUACUGCUCAGCUCGCUUAA